CUUGUCGAACAAUUAUUGUUGAUUUUGAUUGCAUUUGAUCUUCUUGCUUCCUGCAUGUGAUAUUAAUUGAUAAUUGAUGAAAAUGUCUUCUUGCGUGCAAAUAACGCAUAGACAUCCGGUCUGCAUCCGCACCCGCGGAAAAGAGUGAUUCCUGUUGGGGAAGAUCAAAUUCUGUAUCUCGAAUAUCUCGAUAUGUCGUCUGCAAGCGGUGUCAGCGUGGUGUCAGCACGGAAAAGUGUCAGCAACAACAGCUGAAUAGUUUUGAUUUUGAUCUUACUUCCAGGUCAAAAGGUGAUCAUCAGAAAUAAUAGAUUCGAUGUAAUGGGUACCUGGCAAUUAGAAGUAGCCAGAAUGGCAUUGUACAUGGCAUUCCCAGUUGCUUUGUUCCACUAUUUUAAUCAGCCAGAAGUUUAUGAGGAAUCGAUUACUAACAAAAAACGUGAAAUCUAUCCGGUUGUUAAAAGAGAAAAGGAACAGGAGAUUCGAGAUCAAUUGAGAGCGGCUCGUGACAGACGAGAAGCCAAACAAUUGAGAGAAUUGGAAAAUAGUAUGAACAAAUAAAUCAGAUGCAUAAAGUAAUAGUCAUCUAUUGUGAAAAGUUUAUAACUUACUUCUCGUUACCUGGUAGAAAUCGUAAGACCAGCAACACUAUUCCUAUAUGUACUUAUAGAAAAUAAAAUAGCGUAAUCAAG